GAAAAAAAUAGAUAAAAAAAAAAUUAUAUACAUACAUACAUGUACGAGAUGAAGUUAGGAUUCUUCCUCGUUUUAUUUUAUAUUGGCGUUAGUAUAGCCACGAGAAGGAGCAGAUCGACAACGUCUGCAACCGGAGUAACGUCUACGACAUUGAAGGAUGACGAUGAACUGAGCUAUGCGGAAUCAAGUGAAGAAUUGGAACACUCAUGGGAUAGCAUAAAGUUACAGAAAUUGGAUGGCCGAUCGAAUGGUUGGUCGAACGAUCAUAAUUCAACAGCCGACAAUACCUUAAUUAUUAGCCGUGACAACAGUGGAAUAAUCGAGGGAAAACAAUAUGGAGAAAUACCGAAACCAAUUUCCAUACCAAAUCCAAUUUCGCCAACUUACGUGCCUUCCUCGCAACCACCAUUGCCACCGUCCGGUUGUUUAACAUCUAGGGGACAAUUUUCAAGUCAGAAAAAUUGUGCUAAUUAUUUGAAUUGUUGGGACGACGUUGUCAUAGAACAAACAUGUCCUAACGGAUUGUUAUUCAAUGAUCUCACCAAUUUCUGUGAUUUCGAUUACAACGUAAAUUGCGGCAACAGACCAUUACCAACUCCGAAACCACCAUUACCGCCGGGGUCAAAGUUAUGCCCGGAUCCAUACGGACGUUAUCGUAGCUCGAUGAACUGCUCGGAAUUCUACGUUUGUCUUGCCAAUAAACCCAUCAAGUUCGGUUGUCCUCGUGGAUUGGUCUACAAUGACGAAUUGGGAGUAUGCGAUUAUCUACGUAACGUCGACUGUAAAGGUAGUGCAACGCCAAAACCUCAACAAUCAACGACUCAAUCUUGGUCACAAUCGUCCGUUUCUAUUCAAUAUCCUCCAUCUUAUCCAUCGCAAUCUCCUUAUCCGACCCAACAACCAUCUUACAUUCCUCAACAACCAACAAGACCAAGUUCUCCUUAUCUCGGUAGUUCUUGGGUUAGUAACGUCAACGGUGAAUUAUGGCAGCAACGUACCGGCAACAACGAUAGAGAAUUAGAAAAGGAGGAAGAAGAAAGGGAUAGUACGGCCUCGAGGAAACCGGAAAUAAUCGAGGAAUUAUCGGAAUCUUCGAGUAUAACGAAUCCAUGGACUAUACUUCAUACUAUACCGGCGUCAAUGAGUAAAAUUCCAUGUACCGAUGGGGAUCUCCAUAAACUCGAUGAAACUUGUACAAGCGUACUUGUUUGCAGAACUGGUAGACCGCAAUUAGUCAGAUGCACGACGGGAAUGAUCUACGACAGACCGACCGAUUCCUGUAAACCAUUUACGAUUGCCAAAUGCUAACUUACGAUAAAAAGGAAAUUAAAAAUUCGUCGAAGGAUCCUCGAACGCAAUGACGUAAUCAUUUUUUCUUUUUCAAAUUUAGCAAUCUCGUUACAAC